CGUCUAUUUCUAUAUCAAAAUUGGUUCAGUGGUUUAAGCGUGGGAAUGUAACAGAGUUAUAUUCACAUUUAUAAUAUUAAUUUGUAUUAAUAAUUAUUGCCUCUACAUGUCUGGCAACAGAAAUUGUUCUUCAUGAGUUUGCUGGUGGCGGCUGCCCUCAGUGCAGAUUCAGAUAAGCCCAAAGUAGAGAUCAUCACUGAAGCGACGUUUGUUAGGGAAGAUGGCUACAACUUUGUCUACAAAACAAGUGACGGGGUAUCACGCGAAGAAGAAGCCCAGCUUAUCACAGUGGGAGAACAUAAAGGCAUUGGCGUUAGAGGCUCUUAUUCCUACCUCGGUCCAGAUGGCCAGGAGUACCAGGUUACUUUCACGGCUGAUGACAAAGGCUACAACCCACAGAUUCGUGUUAUUCCUAAAGGAAGUCAAUAA